AUGGAGACAACCCCUAUUCCCGUUUUAACAAUCCAAACAACCCCAUUCGAUGACCAGAGACCCGGGACAAAUGGGUUGCGGAAGAAGACUGUGAUAUUCGAGAGUAAAAAGAAUUACCUUCAAAAUUACAUUCAGAGUGUUCUAUCCUCCAUCGACCUGCGGGACCGCCAAGGAUGCACUAUGGUGGUGGGCAGUGACGGACGAUACUUCAGCCGAAACGCAAUAGAAGUUAUCGUGCAAAUGUCAGCAGCCAAUGGGAUUGGACGUCUGGUCAUAGGACAUAACGGUAUCCUUUCUACACCAGCUGUCUCAUGCAUCAUCAGAAAGAUCAAAGCCAUCGGGGGUAUUAUACUCACAGCUAGUCACAAUCCCGGUGGCCCUGGAGGAGACUUUGGGAUUAAAUUCAACAUUGCAAAUGGAGGCCCAUCUCCAGACACAGUGAUGGAGAGGAUCCAUCAGGUUAGCCGAACUCUCGAGGAGUAUGCCAUAUGCCCUGAUCUGCGCAUUGACUUAUCCCGUCUGGGCCGCCAAGAGUUCGACCUGGAGAAUAAGUUCAAACCAUUCAGAGUUGAGAUUGUGGAUUCAGUGGAAGUGUAUCUCAACAUGCUGCGUGGCAUUUUCGACUUUGGUGCCAUCAAGAGUCUUUUGACUGGUCCAGAUCAACUUAAAAUCCGAAUUGAUGCUAUGAAUGGAGUAAUGGGACCUUACGUGAGAAGGAUUCUGUGUGAUGAACUCGGGGCUCCUGCAAACUCUGCCGUAAACUGUGUUCCUCUGGAGGAUUUUGGGGGUCAGCACCCCAACCCCAACCCUGCUUAUGCUGUCACACUGGUGGAGUCUAUGAAAGGGGGAGAGUAUGGCUUUGGAGCGGCAUUUGAUGCAGAUGGGGACCGGUACAUGAUACUGGGUCAGAAUGGAUUCUUUGUCAACCCGUCUGACUCGCUGGCGGUAAUGGCUGCCAACCUCUCCUGCGUUCCCUACUUCAGACAGACGGGCAUCCGUGGAUUUGCCCGAAGUAUGCCAACAAGCAUGGCCCUGGACAGGGUUGCCAAGGCGAUGAAGGUGGCCCUCUAUGAAACUCCUUCUGGCUGGAGAUUUUUUGGGAACCUGAUGGAUUCCGGAAGAUGCUCAUUCUGUGGAGAGGAAAGCUUUGGAACAGGCUCGGAUCACAUCCGGGAGAAGGACGGCUUGUGGUCGGUGCUGGUCUGGUUGUCCAUCAUGGCCGUCCGUAAGCAGAGUGUAGAGGAGAUUGUGAAGGACCACUGGGCAAAGUUGGGCCGCAACUACUGCUGCAGGUUUGAUUAUGAGGCUGUUGAUCCUAGAGCAGCCUUUUACCUGAUGAGAGAUUUGGAGGCUAUGAUCACAGACAAAGCCUUCGUCAGUCAGAAAUUCGCCGUGGGCAACAACAUCUACAGCGUGGAGAAGACGGACAACUUCGAAUACAUCGACCCGGUGGACGGCAGCGUGGCCCGGAACCAGGGCCUGAGAAUCAUCUUCACGGACUCUUCUAGACUUAUCUUCCGACUCAGUGGGACAGGUGGUGUUGGAGCCACUAUCCGCAUUUACGCAGAGAGUUACGAGAAAGAUCCGGAAAGGCAAAACAGAGAGACGCAGGUUGUGUUGGGUCCUCUGAUUGCCAUAGCAUUGAAGAUCUCUGAUAUCCAUGAGAGGACUGGACGCCGCGGGCCCACUGUCAUUACCUGA